GUCCCUGGCUUCAGUUUUCAUUACUUACUAACGCACAGGCCUUGGUAGUUUCGAUUUUUCACACGUAUCCAAGUUGCCCUUGGAUACGGUUCAUGAAAACAAAACACUGCUAUAUUUCAGUAGCAAAAAUGGAUCCCAUGUAUUUGGCUCUCAGUUUAUUUCGCCGACUACACUACGAUAAGUGCAUCGAUGUGUGUACAAGCAUUUUGGAUAAACAACCUCUAGACCAAGCCGCCUGGUGCUUGAAAAUGAGGGCGCUCACUCAACGGGUAUAUGUGGAUGACUUGGAAAGCGAAGAAACAACCUUCCAAGAGGAUAUUCUGGAUAACAGUGUUGUCGCAACUGCUCCACGUCCUGGGACUUCGUUGAAAACCCCAGCAAAUACUGUUCCAGUGACAUCGCUAGGGGCCAGACCCAGAACCUCCACAGGAAGACCGAUGUCCGGAGUGGUUCGUCCAGGGACGCAAUCGGGUAGGCCUGGAUCUGCUCUGGAACGUUUGCGCACCUCAAGAGGGGCCACCGGCCAAUCAGCGAGGGCCAUUCGGUUGGGUACUGCCGCAAUGCUAACCCAAAAGGACGGUCCCUUUAUUCAAGUUUCUCGUUUGAACUUGUCGAAAUACGCCAAAAACAAGUGCCUGAACAAGCCGUUGUUUGAGUAUCUGUUUUAUCAUGAAGGCGAUGUGAGGAAUGCAAUGGAGUUGGCUGUUUUGGCCACACAAGCUUGUGAGUUUCAGGAUUGGUGGUGGAAAACGCAACUAGCCAAAUGCUAUCUGGCUCUAAAUCUCAUUCGGGAUGGCGAACAGCAGCUUAAAAGCGCCUUAAAACAACAUGUGCACAUUGAAGGCUUCAUUCGACUUACCAGACUAUACAUUAGAAUCGACCAGCCAAUGAAGGCCACUGAAGUAUGCAAACAGGGGCUGGAACUUUUUCCUAAUGAUGUAUCGAUCAUGACCGAACUGGCUCGACUUAGUGAAGCAUUGAAUGAGCCCCAGGCUUCAGUAAAAUAUUACCGAAGCAUUGUCAAUGAAGAUGCCAUGAACACCGAAGCUAUUGCCUGCAUUGGAAUGUAUCAUUUCUACAACAAUCAGCCAGAACUUGCUCUACGGUAUUACAGGAGGGUGUUGAUUAUGGGCGCCCACUCGGCCGAGUUGUACAACAACCUGGGCUUGUGCUGCCUCUACUCGCAGCAGCUGGAUCUUACGAUGGCCUGUUUCCAGAGAGCACUGGAUUUGGCUACUGAUCCACUGCUCAAAGCUGAUGUUUGGUACAAUUUAUCUCACGUGGCAAUCGCGGCCGGAGACAUCGCACUGGCCAUUCAAUGUCUGAAUUUAUGUUUGUGCGCGGAUUCUUCGCAUGCCUCGGCCUUUAACAAUUUGGCAGUUUUGCAUCACAAGAGCGGCAAAACUCACCUGGCCAGAGCCUAUUUCGCAUCGGCAAAAGGACAUGAACCUGCGCUGCCCGAGGCCCUCAUCAAUUUGGAUAUUUUACAACAGGCUUAGCGAAUUAGGGGACCGACAUUCUUUCAAUGCUGAACGGUUUGGAUUGUGCUCCAAAGUGCUGAAACGGUGACUGUCUUCUAUUGAAAUAUAGUUUCAGUAUUCAA